AUGGGGUUCCCGCUGGUGUGCUACUGCCUCCCCAUCCCGAAGCCGGUGAUCGCCUUCUGCAAGCUGCUCAGCGUCAUCAGGGACGCCGUCCUGCUGAUGCUCGCCGUCGUGGGGCUGUGCCGCUUCCCGCACGACGCCGCCGCGCGCGCCUCGGCGGAGGCCCACCGCCACCAGCCCGAGGAGGUGAAGAGCCGGCUCCCCGCCGUGGAGUACGCCCAGCUCCUGGCCGAGCAGCAGCAGCCGUCGUCGUCGUCCGGCGCCCACGCGGCGUGCCAGCAGUGCCGCGACCACGGAGGCGGCGAGGACGACGCGCCGGCUUGCAUCGUGUGCCUGGAGACGCUGGAGGCGACGGACGAGGUGCGGCGGCUGGGCAACUGCUCGCACGCCUUCCACCGGACCUGCAUCGACCGCUGGAUCGACCUCGGCCGGGCGACGUGCCCGCUGUGCCGGUCCGACCUCCUGCCGCGCCCGCGGGGCCGGGCCGGGCUGCUCGGGCUGGGCCGCCUCGCCACCUGUCUCACGCGCGUUUGGUGA